UCUACAACCGCACACAGGGAAGCCAGAAGAAGUGAGAGGUGAACUCAGUCUGGGCCUGUCUGGGUGAUCCCUAGACCACCUUCUUUUCUCUCCUGAUCACCACUGCCAUGGCCCUGGCCCAACAGCUGCGGGCUGAAAGUGACUUCGAGCAGCUUCCAGAUGACGUGGCAAUUUCAGCCAACAUUGCUGAUAUUGAGGAGAAGAAAGGCUUCACCAGCCACUUCGUUUUUGUCAUCGAGGUGAAGACCAAAGGGGGAUCCAAAUACCUCAUUUACCGCCGCUACCGCCAGUUCUACGCCUUGCAGAGCAAGCUGGAGGAGCGGUUUGGCCCCGAGAGCAAGAACAGCCCGUUUACCUGCAGCCUGCCCACGCUCCCGGCCAAAGUGUACAUGGGUGUGAAACAGGAGAUUGCUGAGAUGAGGAUACCAGCCCUCAACGCCUACAUGAAGAACCUCCUCAGCCUGCCCAUCUGGGUCCUGAUGGAUGCGGACGUCAGGAUCUUCUUCUACCAGUCCACCUAUGACUCGGAGCAGGUGCCCCAGGCGCUUCGCCGGCUCCGCCCACGCACCAGGAAAGUAAAGAGCAUGUCCACACAAAGAGGCAGCUUUGACCGCAUGGAGGCUCCACGAGCAGAGGCCAUGUUUGACUUCACUGGCAACAGCAAGCUGGAGCUGAGUUUCAAAGCUGGAGAUGUGAUCUUCCUUCUCAGUAGGAUCAACAAAGACUGGCUGGAGGGCACAGCCCAGGGAGCCACGGGCAUCUUCCCAGUCUCCUUUGUGAAGAUCCUGAAAGACUUCCCUGAGGAGGACGACCCCACCAACUGGCUGCGUUGCUACUACUAUGAAGAUACAAUCAGCACCAUUAAGUUUGUGUCCUGUGGGAGAGGGGGUCUCCCGUCCUUUCUGCCACCCCUACUCUGCUCCCAUACCACACUCCCAUGUCGUCCUUGCCCCACUCCAAACCCUGCCAUAGCUCCCACUGCCUUCCAGAAAAACUACAACAUUGUGACAAGCUGUCAAAGUCUAGCCUCAUCCCCCAAGCUUCCCACCAUGCUCCCCUGCCAGCCUGAUGCCCCCGUCCCCUGCCUGUUGCUCCUUAGGGACAUCGCAGUAGAGGAAGACCUCAACAGCACCCCAUUGUUCAAAGACCUGAUGAAGCUCAUGAGGAGGGAGUUCCAGAAGGAGGACAUCUCUCUCAAUUACCAGGAUGCUGAGGGGGAUCUGGUUCGGCUGCUGUCAGAUGAGGACGUGGAGCUCAUGGUGCGGCAGGCCCAAGGCCUCCCCUCCCAGAAGCGCCUCUUCCCCUGGAAGCUGCACAUCACUCAGAAGGAAAACUACAGUGUCUACAACACGGUGCCCUGAGUCGGUGGUGUCCUGGGGCCAAGAGCCCUCCUGCUGAGAGCAGAUGAGGACCUUCUGGAAAGGCUAGGAGCCCGUCUCAGACUCAAGGCUGAUGGGCUUGCUGAGUCUGGCUUACACUGUCUCUUUCUCCACUUACCUAUGAAUUAAAUAAACCAUUUCAUCUCUAAGGCCCAGACUGGGAAAAACAGUAUCUCUUGGUGGGAGGGGAGACAAGAAGGAGGAAAAUGCCAUUAAAUAAGCAUCUACUGCCAGCUAUUUACAUCUGGUGAGGG